GAUUCGAUCAUCGUCCCAAAACCCUCGCUAAACCCUUCAUCUCCAUUUCUCCUCUUCGCGCCCCCCCAUGGCUCGCUUCGUCUCCUCCUCUCGACGCCUCCUCCGCCUCAAAACCCUAACCCUAACUCCUCCUCCUCCGCGCCCCUCCUCCUCCUCCUCCUCCUCCUCCUCCUCCCGCUCCUACAUCUCCGAGAUGCGCCGCUCCGCCUUCAAAGAGAACCUCCUCCGCAUCCUCCGCACCGAGAUCGCCUACGAGUCCGAAUCCCGCCCCCCCAACCCGGCGGCGGCGGCUGCGGCGAGGUUCGACCUGUUCUCGGUCGACGAUCGCCCCGGGGAGCAGUGGAUUCGGCUGGUGCGGAAGCGCCGCGGGGGCGAGGAGGAGGUUAAGAUCGAUGCUACCAUGUUCGAUGGGGCGGCUCCGGCGAAGAGAUCGGGGGGAGCGGUUGAGGACGGCGAUGCUCGCCUCCACAUUAGCCUUCUCGUGGAGGUGUCGAAGGGGGAGGAGGGAUCGGGAUCCGUUCUACAGUUCGUGUGCUCGGCGUGGCCCGAUUCCGUCGAUGUGGAGAAGGUGUUCCCCGUCCGCCGCUGCGGCCCCGCGCCCAUUAGGCCUUACACCGGGCCGGAUUUCAAGGAGUUGGACGAGGAGAUGCAGGAAGCCGUGCGGGAUUACUUGGAGGAGAGGGGAGUAAACGACGAGCUCGCUGCUUUUCUGCACGACUCCAUGGCAAACAAGGACCGGACGGAGCUACUUCGGUGGUUGAAGAACGUCGAGUCAUACGUGAAGAAACCGUGAGGUUUAUCACCAUCUCUUAUUGUAAUAUUUUGUUGCUUUUCCGUAGAAGAUGUUUCGGAUCUUUAGUUAGCCUUUCGAACAUGUCGAAUUCAGCAACUAUAUUGUAUCUCACUGGGAAAUUUUAAUGUCACAACAUUUUGGAUGAGAAAUAUCUGAACUGA